UGGACGGAAGUUAAAAUGAACAACAUUUUUUACAUUUUAUGGACUAACUUCCUUGAAGUGUACGUCAAGCUUUAUACAAUCUAAUGUUGCUUAAUUUAAUAGAGCCCAAAUUAUAAAUAAAUUAUCGAUUUGAUUUUAAUAAAUACAUAAUCUAGAGAUAUGAGCUCUCGAAAUGUAGUUGCCAGUGUACUGAAGCGACAGUUUUGGUCAAAGAAAAAGGUAGAUUUUGGAAAAUACGAAAUCGUGAAACCAGGAAAUGUAUCAGCAAGCAACCUAGUACCCAACAACAUCCCGACACCCAGCUAUUACAAAACUGGAAUUCCAGACCAACCAAUCAGUUCACCUGAGAUAAAGAAUUCCUCUCAGAUUUUGUCCAUGAUAAAUUCUUGUCGUUUGGCUGCCAAUGUUCUUCAGCAAAUCGAACAUGUCAUCAAGCCAGGCGUAUCAACGGAAGACUUGGACAAUUUUGCUCACGAUCUCAUUAUUAAAAACAACGCAUAUCCGUCUCCCCUAAACUACAAUUUCUUCCCAAAGUCCAUUUGUACAUCUGUAAAUAAUGUUGCGUGUCACGGAAUUCCCGAUGAUAGAAAGCUAAUCGAUGGGGACAUAAUUAAUGUUGACAUAACUGUAUUCCUCAAUGGGUACCACGGAGAUUGUUCCAAAACAUUUCUGGUAGGCAACGUAGACGAACCAGGCAAAAAACUAGUCGAAGCCACGGAAAAAUGUUUAUACGAGGGGAUAAGUGUUUGUAAACCCGGUGCCUGGUUCAGAGACAUAGGCUCCGUGAUACAAGACAAAGCGGCCUCCAUGGGAUUUCAAAUAAUUCCGGCAUUUAUAGGACACGGCAUCGGUCACUACUUCCACGGGCCACCAGAUAUUUAUCACAUAAAAAGUCGUUAUCCGGGAAGGAUGGAGGUGGGAAUGACGUUCACCAUAGAACCUAUUCUAACGCAAGGCGGUCAGUUGAUAGACAUCCUGGAAGACGAUUGGACAGCCAUAACGGCGGAUUCAGCCAGAACUGCGCAGUUUGAACACACUAUUUUAGUUACGCCCGAUGGUUGUGAGAUUCUUACUCAACCCAGCCAAUAAUAAAUUUUUUAUUUUAGAA